CAUCAUCCGAUCCUGGUAACAAGGCACAAGAUGUAAAACGGUGUCAACUUUGCCCUGGAAAAGAUAGAAAGUCUGCUGCAGAAACUGUGUGUAACACAUGCCUUGUCGAUCUUUGUAAGGAUUGUGUAGGUCACCAUAUGAUUGCCAAUCCCACCAUUAGACAUGAUGUUGUUACUUUUGAGUUCAAAAAAUCUGAAAUCAUUCCACCAGAAUGCAGUCUCCAUGGUGAAAAACAAUGUGAAAUGUUCUGUGAACAAUGUAAUUCCCCGAUAUGUCAGAAAUGUCUAGCCUCUGGAUCCCAUGAAAAUCACAAUGUGCCACAUAUUUCUGAAAUUUAUAGCUCUAAACAGGAGCUAAUCAGAAAAGACUUAAAUGAACUUGAAACUAGUAUCGCUCCUGUUUAUGAAUCAAUACUCUCUGAAAUGAAAGAGAUGUUAUCAAGCAUUGAACAGAAACAUGAUGAAAGACAAAGAACCAUUGAUGAAUUUGGUAAAAUAUGGUAUAAAUUAGUAGACAAUGUUAUUAAAAAAAUAUCAGAGUGAUGCAAGAAAAAUGGAAAGAGAUGAUGUUAACUCAAUUAAGAACCUAGAAGCAGAUUUCCAGAAAUGCUACUUAUUAAUGCAAUCAGCAAUGGAUGAAAACAAAUCUAUCCUUGCUUCAAAUGAUCCAUCUAAACUUCUCAACUACACUUCAAAAAAUGAAAAGUUCAGAACUAUUCAUUCCAGAUUUGAACUAAAAGUGCCAGAAUUCAGUCUCAAGAAACUUACAGAGCAAGCACUGUGUCAGAUAAUUGGAGACAUUCCAGAAACAGUGAAAACUAGCAUUCAAGGACAGUUCCUGAAAGCUCCCCAAUCUAAUUCCAGUUCAGAAAAAGCUAUCAAGAAGUGUCUUGAUUUGCCACUAACAGUAGGAGAAAUAAAUACUGAUGAAGAAAUUUGUGAAGUAGCUUGUAUUCCUCACACAGAUCACUUUUAUGUCAAUGGCUUCAAUGGAAUCAUUAAAUUUAUGAAAAAAGAGGGGAAGGUGCUGAGGAGGAUCACCACUAAGACAGAGAAUAUUGCAGGAUAUGCUUUGACAGUCACCAGAGAGGGACAUCUAGUGUAUAUUGAAAAGAAGAAGAAUGUAAUUAACAAAGUGGAGGGGAAUAAGAUAAAAUGUCGGCUUCAAGUACAAGACUCAUGGGUGCCAGAUGCUAUCUGCAGCACCUAUACUGAUGAUCUCUUGGUAUUAGUAUAUAUGAAAUCCACAUUUACAUUUACAUGGGCCCAGCAUAGAAAAGUUCUUCGUUAUUCUGGCUCUACAUUCACACAAGAAAUAAAAUUAAGUGACCUGGACCUGGAUUUACUUCCAAUAUUUGUACCUUGUAUUGAUGAAAACAAGAACUUUGACAUUGUGCUGAGUAAGGAAAAUUCAGUAUUAGUGAUGAACAAUGAAGGACAAUUCAGGUUUAACUACAAAGGAAUGAUAUACAAAAACUUUACUCCACAUGGUAUUACUACAGACAGCAUGUGUCACAUCCUGAUUGCUGACAUUGGUAAUAACAUCAUACACAUCAUUGACCAGAAUGGACAAUUCCUUCUGUACAUAGACAACUGUGAUUUACACAACCUACGUGGUCUCAGUACAGACAGCAAUGACAUAUUGUAUGUUGCUGAUAACCAUAGAGUGAAACGAAUUAAGUAUAUGGAAUAA